AUGGAGUUUGACACAGUGAAUGGAUUCAAGUGCAAAGCGUACUGUAAAUGGGUUUUCGGUCACAGCCGCGCUAGAAAUAUAACGCCAACGAUAUGGGUGUCGGUGAGCGAAGAGGAGGACGCCGAGCAGGAGGUCAUUGACGUGCAAAUCAUCGCCAUAAUCACCACCAUAAUCGAUAUAACCAUCGCCGUCAUCGUCAUCAUAUCAAUGGGGCCAUCUUCGAUGUUUGAUCCUGAAUUCGGAAAUAGUACUGUCGGCAGGAGAAGGGAAACUGGAGCGGCCGUCGCUCCGACGUCCUCUUCCCGCCUUGGGAUGUUCUCCGUGAUCGCCUUGCUCGGCAUCGGCAUAGGCAUGACGAUGUCGAGUGUUGGAGGAUGGACUGAUUCUUCCGUCGGCAAGGCCGGUAUCGCCAUCUUUAGCAUUAGCUUUUUUAUUUUUGUGAUUGUAGGCUUUAUGCGAGUGAACUCGAUGAUGAAAUUUCAGUCUCCAGACUUUCAAGAGUAUGCAGGAGAGUUGGAUGCUGGGACAAGGACUUUUGAAGGAGGAAGCACCUUACUUUCACAAGCUGAUGAGACGACAUCCUAUAUCAUCCAAACAGGUGCGCUGCAGCCUGGACGGGUUGCCAUGGGAACACAGCCCGGGUAUCUAAGAGGCCUCACACAGCCUUAUCCACCACAUGCAACUAACUACCUAGGGGCAGCUUAUCCUCCAAACCCUGUACAACCAUCAAAUAUGGGCGUGGUCGACCCGCCAUCGGAGGGAGAAAGUGUACCCCCGCCCCCAUCCUAUGAUGACGUCAUCGCCGGUAAUGUGUAAUAUGACGAGGGAAAUGGACAGUCCUAAAUUGAUGACUGAUGCUAAAUGCUGACGUCUCAACACAGCCCUGAUUGAAACCAGUCUGCGAACUGUUUCGGGCUUUUACCGUGUAUAAAUAAAAUAAACUACUUAACGCAAGACUCGAUCUGGCGAUGUCAUUUAAAAAAUAUUUAUCUUCUUUAAUAAAUACAUCUUGAUUAUUGUUUCAGUAGUAAGCUGAAAUGUUUAUCAUAAUAAUAAUAAUUUGAUAAUUAUCAAAUAU